AUGUGCAUGGAUAGCAAGUAUAACAAAGUGGUUUGUGACAUAGCUAAACUAUACUAUCCUAAAAUACAAUUGACCAAAUGCGAGUUGCGUGAAAGACAAUUAGCCAUGGUGAAGGAUGUGUGCUUAAUUGCCAGCAAAUCUAUAAAUCUUGUAUACCCGCACAAACUGAGAAUUGUUAUCACAUCUGCUGUUGAUCCGCAAGCAUUACAACAAUCUUUUCUUCAAACACAUUCAUUCUUCACUCGUUCUACCCUAACUACUUGUGGCUUGGUCCGGUCCUGCGCACGAGUAGAGGUCGGAGCAGGACACACCGACUCCUAUGAAGAAACACAAAGUGACUCAUCACUGUGGGAAUGUGACCGACGCCGUGAUCGAACGGAUUCUGGAGAAGAAGGAGAUGCUGAAUCCGCAGCAACUGCAGUUCGCCCAUGCCGCCACCAUUACAAUAUCUGUUCCGUAGAAAACACUGAGCUUCAUGAUAACACCAAAGCAGAUCGGAUUGUCUACAUAAGUGUACAUCUACCCGCAAAGAAGUUUCACGAAGCUUUAAGUUGUUCAACUUCUAAACAAUCGAAUGCGACGGAGACACGGAAGAACUCUUCACAUUGCGAUGCGUCAACAUCGGCCGAAGAUGCGAAUCAAAAUCCUCCAGACUCGGUCGUAAUGAGUUUACCUUACAUAGAGGGAUCAAGCCCAGAACGCCCAUUUUUGCGGCCACCCAACACAACUGCAAAGGAACUCAUGGAAAUACACAGAAACUACCGCCGAGGACUAAAUCAAGAGUGGCCGGUGUUCAUACCGCCAAAUAUGGAUGAAGAUUUACAGAAUCUGGAACAUCCAGACCCAUCAAAACGUCCACGAUAUCUACCGCUGGCCCCACCCUAUCAUCUUCUUCCAAACACGUCAUUCUUUCGCAAGGCCAGCAUCAAGCCUCCACCAACAUACUCCAGCUACGGCUUGCACCCUUUGAGAAGAAUUAUUAAUCGCUAUUUAGCCAGUAUCUUGGUAGAUCAAAUGAAACUGGAAGAAGAACUGAAAAUGGUAACUGGUGAAGUGAAGAAAACAACACAAGUAGAGGAAAAAAGAGAGCAUAUAGCGGGGAAGAUCGAAAAUGGCAAUCUAGAAGCUGAGGGUGUUACCUGCGGGACCUUUGAAUCAGAUGCGAGAUGGAGACAGCCUCGACAUCCUCGCUUGGUGGUUAACCAUCUACACUACGGCGGACAAUUAAUUCAUUACAUACAGAAUGGAGGUGAGAAUCCUCCUCCCGUUCCUGGCUACUUUGCGUCGGUCCCUUUGAUUCCUGGAAAUGUGAAUGUCACACGAGAUUUAUGUGGGAGUGUUUUAUCAGAGUAUGUACAACAGAGAACAAUGCAAGGAUUCAAAAACAUACCCCUCAACACAUCUACUGAAGAGUCAUACUCGAAGAUGGGAACACCGCUAGAAACCUUGUAUCAUAUAACACAUAGUGAACAAAUUCUUCCGAUAUCCGAGUCAGAAGGAGAGCAUAUAAGCUUUCAAGAACAUUUUCCAAGUUGCUCUCUCGUUACGGAAAAAUAUGGAAAUGUUCCCUUAUCAGAAAGUUCAAUAAGCAUGAACAUUGCAGAGAGAUGUGUGAGCUUGUGCCGAUCUCCAUACGGCUAAUAGCAUAUUGUUAUUCUUCAUAUACUGUUAAGCAAAACAAGCAUCAAUUUCGAUAUAA